AUGGCCACCGCGGCGGGCCGGCGCGGCUCAGGUGAGCGCGGGCGGCGGGAGGGCGCGCCCGGCUCCUCGACCUCAGACGGCGAGCGCCCAGCCUGGCUCCGCUGCUCAAGUCCAGUACGGGAGAAAUGGGCAUUCGGCUUCUGGAACCUGGGCGGCGGGUGGGCACCAGCAUCUCUGACCUCAGGCGGAGAGCUUCCACAGAAUCUGGGUGUCGGGGUGGGUAGCGACAUAUCUGACCUUGGGCGGCGAGCAUCCAGCUUCGACGUUCUGAAGUUCAAACCUGGGCAGCGGGUGCGCAUCGACAUCCCCGACCUUGGGCGGCGAGCGCCCAGCUUCCCGUUCCUCCAGCCCAGUGCGGACUUCGCAGCUGCUCCAAGCCCUGACGGGACUGUGGGAGACGGGCCUGGGCCUCCCUGCUCCCUGAGCCCUUUCCGUGACUUCCUGUCUUCAGACUGUAUCCAGGUGGAUCCUCCUGACAGACCCCCCGACAUCCCCAUUGAGGACUUGGAUUUCUUGGAUAGCAGCACCAGUUACAAGAACCUCACACUGAAAUUCCACAAGCUGAUCAACGUCACCAUCCACUUCCAGCUGAAGACAAUUAACCUGCAGAGCCUCAUCAACAAUGAGAUCCCAGACUGUUACACCUUCAGUGUCCAGAUCACGUUUGACAAUAAAGCACACAGUGGGCGAAUUCCUAUCCGCCUGGAGACCCAGGCCCACAUCCAGGAGUGUAAACACCCCAGUGUCUCCAGACAUGGAGACAACAGCUUCCGGCUUCUAUUUGAUGUGGUGGUCAUCCUCACCUGCUCCCUGUCUUUCUUGCUGUGUGCCCGCUCACUGCUACGUGGCUUCCUGCUGCAGAACGAGUUUGUUGCAUUCAUGUGGCGGCGGCGGGGUCGGGAAAUCAGCUUGUGGGAACGUCUGGAGUUCGUUAAUGGCUGGUACAUCCUAUUGGUUACCAGUGAUGUGCUUACCAUCUCGGGGACUGUCAUGAAGAUCGGCAUCGAGGCAAAGAACCUCGCAAGCUAUGACGUCUGCAGCAUCCUUUUGGGUACUUCCACGCUGCUCGUCUGGGUUGGUGUCAUCCGCUACCUGACUUUUUUCCACAAGUACAACAUCCUGAUUGCCACGCUGAGGGUGGCACUGCCCAGUGUCAUGCGUUUCUGUUGCUGUGUGGCUGUCAUCUACCUGGGCUAUUGCUUCUGUGGCUGGAUUGUCCUGGGACCCUACCACGUGAAGUUCCGCUCGCUGUCCAUGGUUUCCGAGUGUCUGUUCUCUCUCAUCAACGGGGACGACAUGUUUGUGACGUUCGCAGCCAUGCAGGCCCAGCAGGGCCGCAGUAGCCUGGUGUGGCUCUUCUCCCAGCUCUACCUCUACUCCUUCAUCAGCCUCUUCAUCUACAUGGUGCUGAGUCUCUUCAUCGCACUCAUCACGGGCGCCUACGACACCAUCAAGCACCCGGGAGGUACUGGCACAGAGAAGAGUGAGCUCCAGGCCUACAUCGAACAAUGCCAGGAUAGUCCCACGUCUGGCAAGUUCCGUCGAGGAAGUGGCUCAGCUUGCAGCCUGCUCUGCUGCUGUGGGAGGGACUCCCCGGAGGACCAUUCGCUGCUGGUGAACUGAUUCCAAGAUGAUUGCCCCUAGACCGUAUCCCCUGUUCUCCUGGCACCCCAGCUUAUUUAUUUUUAGAACUUGCUUUUAAAGAUCUGCUUCUGACAGGCCUUGUGAGGGCUUGGGCUGGUCGAAUCGGACACUGGGGAAGGGAGGGCAUGUGGGGGGCUGUUAAAUAAAAGGGAACAUAAACGUGA